CAAAAAGAAAACAUCCCUAAAAGAUCAAAGACAUCUACUGAAGCUCCGGAAACUAUAUCGCAACAAUUUGUUACGUCUAAUACUCUAAAUCAUACAAAUGAAGCUAAUCAGUUUAUAGGAGAUGAAUCUCAAGAAUUUAUUGAAAAAUUUAAUGCAGCACGCCAGCAUGUUCUAAAUAUUCUUAAUCGCUAG